GAGCUCCAUGGCGUCCGCGGGGCCGCCGAGGCGCUCCCAGGCCGCCAACCUCCUGUACGUCCCGAGCUUCUGCCCCCUGGACGUGGACGAGGACGAGGCCGACCCGGUCAUCGGCAUCCGGCCCAAGUCCUCCCCGAUCCCGCGGAGAAGGAGCUCCAUCUCCGACGAGGAGCCGGACCCCGAGCCGCCCCCCAGCGCCAGCGGCUCCAGGAGAGUCUCCUUUGCGGAUGCCAAAGGCCUGAGUCUGGUGCUGGUCAAGGAGUUCGCUAAAUGGGACGUGCCCAAAUUACCGGGAUACGAUCCCCCGGAGGGCGAAGGUGUGGACCUGGAGGAGUUCCACAUCUCACCUUCGACCUUUUCCCUCCCGUGGCCGAUGGAGGAGCUGUUCGCUCAGGUCCUACGGCAGAAAGUAGAGCUGGAAAACAUCGAGUUGCUUCCCGGGACUACGAUAUUGAAAGGGGUGAUCCGCGUCCUCAACGUCUCCUUUGACAAAGCCGUGUACAUCAGGACCAGUCUGGACAAAUGGAGCACGCACUUUGACCUCCUGGCGGAGUACGUGCCCGGCUCCAGUGAUGGGGUGACGGACUGCUUCUCUUUUAAACUCACCCUGGUGCCGCCGUUCGGGCAGCAGGGGGCCCGAGUGGACUUCUGCCUGAGGUAUGAAACCCCCGCGGGGACGUUCUGGUCUAACAAUAACAGCAAGAACUAUGUGGUCUUCUGUCACCAUGGACAGAGAGACAGACCGCAGAGGGACGGUGUGAACAAGAAGAGCUGCCUGAAGACCAGCAGCCAGAACUUCUCCACUGCUGACGACGCUUCAUCGCAGGAUAAUAUGUCAACAGAUGAGUCUAACGUGGGACUGGAAGUGGAUACGAGGAAAGCUCAGCAAAGCUCUGCCGGUCAGCCAGAAGCAUCGGAGCAACGGCAGCAGAAAUCCCUGGUGGAGGAGAAGCAGAACAGCAGCCGAAGACGGCGCAGGAAAGCUGCACGGAUCUCCAAAGUGAAGGAUCACUUUGCUCAGAGAGAUGGAGGAGAAAAUGACGCAGGCAGAAAUGAAACGCCCGCAGAAAUAAAACAGCCGACUCAGGAGGGAAAACCAGGGGAGGAACAUGCACAUGACGACACGUGUAGCACGGAGCCCGAGACAUCUGAGCCGGUCGGAUUAGUGGAAGUUCAAAUCCAAGACAUGCCGCUCCAUUCAGCUGAUCGCUCUGCAGAAAAGCAAAACAUCACAUCACCUGUGGCACGGAGUGAGGAUGAGAAUCCAGACGUGAGUUAUGAAAGCAGCGAGCGCUCGGAGGCGGCGGGGGCCGAAGGCCCGGCCGGCCAGACCGGCAGCUUCACAUUCGGGACGGUGGUGGCGCCGCUGUACCGUCAGGUGUCUGGGAAACUGGGAGGGGAGAGUCCCAACGCCCGUGACGAGGAAAACCCUCAUCCCUCUGAGAGGAGACGGGCCGGACGCCGUGUUUCAGCCGACACCGGAAGAAAAAGUAACGACGUCCAGAGCGAUAAGACCUCCGAUCGGGAAUUAAACCACAAACAUCUGGAGGUCACGCUGGACAAUCCCUCCUCUGAGGAAGAAGAGACGAGCGUGGCGAUGAAUAACGUUCUGGAUCCUGCAGGUUUUAAUUCACCUCAAAGUCCUCGAGCUCUUCCAGGACGUCUCAACAGAGAAGAUGUUUCAUCACAUACAGAUUGGUUAAAUCCACAAGUAACCGACGACGGUCUUCACCUGCAGGGAAACGCAUGGAAGGAAGAUCUGACCUUUGACCCCCCCGGCCAAACCACAGCUAAAUCUCAACCACAGACUGUAACUAACAAUGAUGAGAAUCAUGCACAGAGUGGAAUUCAAGCUGUCGUCAAACCUUCUCUGACUGUGUCGGAGCAUUUUAGCGACAGCGGGGAAGAGGUGAACCCAGACCGGGACCGCGGUGAGACUGAGACCGCGUUAGAAAACAGCACAAAGGAGGAGGAGGAGACGCUGCUGGAGGUGACGGACGAGCUGAAUCAAAGCGAUGAUCCAGCUACAAACAGUAAUGAUGUCGUAAUGCCUGAAUACUCUCCGGAAACUCAGGAAACCUGUGACGUAGGAGGUGAAAUUCAGAUCGGCCGUGAAGAAUCUGAAGCUGUGACGAGAAAACGACAUCCUGCUGACGCGUCGGAGGAGAUGGAGCACCAUGAGGUGGAAGCUGGUGUCUCAAAGGAGGAUGAGGAUCUCUAUUUAGCAGACAUUAACGAGGUGAAAAACUGGGAAAUGAUGGUUGAGGAAGAGGAAAAUGAUGUAUUAACAAAUAAAGAGGAGCCUGAGAUUAUAAAUUCAAAUGGAGCAGCGUCAGGGGAAGAAAACGAAGAAGAAGAAACCGUAGAGGAUGUUGAGGAGGACAUGAUAGCUGCAGAUGUGAAACAUGAAGAGGUGGACAAUGAUGUGGCGUUGGAGGACAAGGAUUGGACAAGGGAGGACGAAAGUGAAGAGACAGAAGCUCCAAAAGUCAUGAAGCCUGAAGUCAUAAAGGUGGAAAAUACAGAUGGAGCAGAAGACAGAGUUGUAGAGAAGACGGAGGGACCAGGGGAGGCAGAGUCGUUUAUGGAGAUACAAAUCACCGGUGUUGAAGAGGAGGGGAGGAUGGAAGAGGAGGAAAAAAUGAGAGUAAAUCUGAACUCUGGUGUAGAGCGACAGAGCCAGGCGAAGGCGAAGGACGGAGAGGAGCAGAAUUCAGAUCAGACGGAGGGAAAGCGUGACGAUGAGGCGGAUGAGGGUGAUGAUAUCGUGGUUGGGGACUCGUGCGUGGCCGUCGAGGACAGAGAAGACCGAGCUGGGUCGUUUAAAGACGAGUCAGACGCUGCUCAAAGCGAGGUCGAAGGCAGUUCGUCGGCCCCAGAUCGGUACACGGAGGACGGUUUCCAGAGCUCGGAGGGCGUCGCGACGAACGAACCCGAGGGCGACCUCCCGGGACACGACAGCUCCUCGGCCGAGUCCGACUCGGACGACGAGGUGGAGCUGUACAUGCACUGCCUGAGGGCCGCCGGCACGUCCGCCCAAAAGGCGCGGAGCAGAGACGCAGCUUUCUCUGGGAGCAAACGGCCCUCCAUAAGCAGAAGCAAGCCGCCGCCGGCAUCCAUGCCUCGUAUCUCCGAGUCCCUGGAUGAAGACCGGCCCUCGUGCAGCCCUCAGGAGACCCGCGAGGACGUGACGGCCGUCGCUGGAGCUGCUGCUGCUGGAGCCGCCGCUGCUGAAGCAGCCGCUGCUCCAGCAGUCCCUGCUGCGUCCAGCAGACCCUGCAGCCAAAACGCUGCAUGGUGGAAAAACACUUUGUCCUGCAGCAAUAUUAUGAAAACAUUGUUAUGCACCACUUUAUUGGUGGUAUUUUUAGCCGUGGCCUACCAUUUUGAUUUUCUUGCCUGUUUUGGGCUCUACUUGGCAUCUGUGGUUUGGCUCUACUGUCAAGGAGAGAGACAACCAGUUAAAAACAACAACAAAGCAGCAACUGAGAAAUAGCAGAGACGCAUUUUAUGGUUAAAUUGUGAAACUCAAUAAGAAAAUGUGUUUAAAUAUGACUCACGUGAAAGGGCAUUAUCUUUCUGCUCAACGGUUUUAUAUACUGGGACAUAUUAAAACAGACUUAAGCCGGGCAGACACUGUGCGAUUAUCGGCUCGUUUUGAGACGAUUUUUUGGAUCGGGACAGAUUUUGACCCAAUCGUUUCUCGUGCCUCGUGCAGUAUACUGUACGUGGGGUAACGACGAGAGAUUAACACCUCACGACGAACUCCCGAUCACAAAUCGUGAGCUUGCAAGAAAAUCAAGCGUGUUUGAAAUCCUGGUCGCUCCUCGUGAAGGAAUCGCACAGUUGAAGCAGCUACGACCCGAUUUGCCUCAUCCUUUCACAGAGAGCAUGCGCAAUCUCUGAUGUCACGUCAAAAACUAUUAUUUGUAGUUUAAGUGUUGCAAAUUCACAUUACAAAUCACGUUUUAAUAGCAGAAAAAAACACUGCAUUUACACGUACGGUGCGCGUCGCCGCGUACCCUACGCCGUAGGUCUGCGUUGGUGUAACGCGGAACCAUAAAUCAGCCUUUAGUGUUCUGAACUUCUCUGUUUCUCAUUUUGCUGGGAUGUCGGGUCCCUCCGCAGAGACACAACUUUUGCGGUGUGCGUUCAUUGUUGUGUCUAAAAAUGAUGCGCAGUGCCCACCCAAUCAGAAACGGUAGAUAUUUUGGGAUUUUUUAAAUAUUUUUAUUUAUAUUUAUUUUUAUGUAUUUAUUUUUUUUAUAUAAAAAAUAAAAUGAUAAAAAAAUAAAGGAUCCCCAUAACCUUUGAUCGGGUGGGCAGGACGCACGUUUGGGUGGACACAGCCCACCCCUGCCCCAAAACCGGCCUCGAGUUCCAGUACACAGAGGUCCAACGUGAGGAUUAUGAUCGUAUAGUGUGAGCAGACGCAUCAGAGCUUCGGGUCGCACAGUGUGAGACCAUAAAUCGUGGGCUGUGAACUUUUGAACUCAGUGAUCUAGUUGUGCAGUGUGAGAUGGGGCUGAAUCAAACGAUUUGAAAUAUCGCACAGUGUAUGCCCGGCUUUACUAAGGGGGUUUAUUAUGAAGCGAGCUCUAAAAAGCUCGCUGAUCAAGUCCAACAGGGUUGAAGUAAGCAUGGAAACUGAAUGAAUGAAAGAAUGAACAAGUUCUGAUGUAUAGUUUAUUUAUUUGUAGAUUAUCAGUAGAAGUAAUCAUCUUUGCCUCCAUGGUUGUCAUGGUAACAUAUGGCCCACGUUUUUACCUAUACAGCUUCUUCGGGGUCAUGUACUGCAGAUCCGUCAGACCUCGUCUAGUCUAAAAAUGAAGUAAACAGCAGGUACACAGAAACACAGAAACACAGAAACACAGAAACACGUGACGGUGACGCCAGAGGAGCCGAGCAACAGAACAGAACGACAGAACAGCCACUCGGGCCAAGCGGUGCACCGACUGCACCGAGGGCUAAAAACAAACCUGCAAGUCUGUACUACACACAGAUACUUGAAUACCUGAAAUGCUACAACGCUGAGAAGCAUCGCCACUGCCAGUAACUCGAUUUGAAAUGCAGAAGAUAACUCUUGAGACCAAAUCAAACCCAUUUGCACAAGUUACUAUCAAGUAACGGUGCGUACCAAGGAGAUUCUCUGCUCCCAAUGCUUUGAGUUCAGGCGUGAACCCCCUCGGCAAGAUCAUCACAAAGAGGCUACGUGUACAAGGAGAGCAAUCAGACAGCUUCCUUACAUGGAUGACAUCAAUCUGUACGCCAAGACCAGGGUCGCCACCCGUCCCUUAAAAUACGGAAUUGUUCCGUAAUUGGAAAUUAAAAGUUGCGUUCCGUAUUGAACCAAUACAGACACAUAUUAUGCUCUUAUUUAUUCAUGUCAUAAUAUACAGGUGAAGGUUGGAAAAUGUGAAUAUAUUGCAAAACAUAAUUCGUAGUAAAUUCAACUUAGGUGAAACAAAUAUUUCCCACUACAUUCAAAGUGAGAUAUUUCAAGCCUUUAUUUGUUAUAAUUUUGGUGAUCAUGGCUCACAGUUUAUGAAAACCCCAAAUAAAAAAUAAAUUAGAAUAUUUUAUGAAAUUAAUAAACAACUCCAUCAUCAAAAGUAUAACAAAUAAAGGUUUAACAUAUCUAACUUUGCAUGUAAUAAGACUAGGUAAUAUAUAAGUUUCACCUUUUAAGUUGAAUUAUUGAAAUAAAUGAACU